UCCAUUAUGCAGUAUGCAGUAUGCAGUUGCACUCCGAUACCGCCAGCAGCCUUCGCCAUCACACACACUCCACUCGCACGCACACUUUAUUUUGAUUACGUGUUACCAAAGCGUUACGAGGUUCCCCAUUCCAGGCAAAUUUAGGUGGUGCGCAUAUCACCUUCUUCAGCGCCAUUUAGCAAACAUAUAACCCACUUAAAAAAUUAUCCCUAAACCCGCAACUCCCUCUCUCCCUGCUCUGCUCUCCUCUUCCAUCGUUACAUUCGCCUCUCUUUUCUGUCUCCACACCAAAAACUCACUUCUAUAGGAAGGAAGAAAGAAAGAUGAGUGUUGCAGCGCAAUUGUUAGCUGUUAAAAACCCUUAUUGUUUUCCCCUAAAUAAGCCUUCUCUUUACUCUUCUUCAACGUCUUUUUCACCAUCUCCCUCUCUAAAGUUCCAACCUUUACUUAAACCUAAAGGCCUGGGGAUUGGGAUUUCAAUUGGGUUUCCUUCUUUACAUCGAAGGAAUUCAUUUCUGCCUCUCUCUGCCUCCCACGAAGAAUCGCAUUCAGAGAUUGACGUGGAGAGGGAAAAGAAUGAAGAAGAAGAAACGCAAGAAGACUGGAAACGAAUUCUUGAUUCUUUUAAAUUAAAGAUGCAAUCUUUAUCAGGAGAGUCAUAUGAAGAAUACUCAAAGAAAGCAAUGGUUGUUUUAAGAGAAACUCAGGAUCAGCUUCAAGUUCUAUCAGAUAAGUUACAAACUAAUCUUUCCGAGAUAACUAAGGAAGUUGCUGUGGGGAGUAAAGAAUAUCUUUCAACAGCUGCUGAGAAUUCUCCUGAACCUGUUAAGGAGAUUGUGGAAAGUCUUGCUUCUUCAACUGAUGAUUUAAAUGAAAUUUCUCAAGUUCGUGAUUUCCAUGUUGGAAUUCCUUAUGGUUUGCUUCUUUCCUCUGGUGGAUUUCUUUCCUUUAUGUUGACAGGCAGCAUUUCUGCUAUUAGAUUUGGUAUGAUUCUAGGUGCUGCGCUUUUGGCUUUAAGCAUUUCAAGCUUAAAAUCGUUUAAAAAAGGACAAGCACAUGCUGGAGCCUUGAAAGGACAGACAGCUAUUGCAGCUGUAAUAUUUCUGAGGGAGAUAGGAUUUCUGUUUGAGAGAGCUUCACUGUUCACCUUUUUCUCAACCGUCAUCAGUGGUGCAGUAGUUGCUUUUUAUCUGUAUAGGAUCGUAUCAAGUGGUAAGCAGACCAAAGGAUCAGACCCCCAGGGGGCUGAAAAUUGAUAAGACUCUUCCAGGUAGAAGGCUUUACAAGAUGAGGUAGCUUGUUUCUGUAGCAUUAGGUUACAAUGGGUGAUUUUUGCUUACUGAGAUGGAAAAAAGUAUACAAUUCUCUGAUGGAUAUUUUCCUCCUACGCAAUAAUAAAAUUGGUCUUGCCUUUUUCUUUUCCCC